AUGACAGCCGCACAUUACCGCCUGCAGCGACAGAGUACGCAUGGCAAGCUUAUUUUCCCCGUUCAAAGGCCCGUCACCGCUUUAUCCGACGGCCUUGAUGUGACAGGAUACGACAAGCCUGACGGGCUCAAGAUCAUUGGUCUGGUGUUCUUUGGUCGGAGGAAUCGAGUUGAGAUAUUACGAUGCUUCCUCGAACGCAACUUGGUCGACAAUGGUGGCUGGCUCGACGAGAUCCACUGGGUGAAGAACACCGAUAACCGCCAAGAUCUAGCCUACCUUGACGAGAUACUAUCCUCGUCACAGCGGCACAAGAAGGUCGACGUUGAAGGCAUCGGAUUUGUUGGCUAUGGACAUGCCUGGUCUCAACUGGAGCCGGGAAAUUUGUAUGUCAAGAUCGACGACGACGUGGUGUGGUUCGCUGACGACACGAUACCUCGAAUUGUAAGCAUGAAGCUUGCACAUCCCGACUACCUGCUCGUGAGCGCCAAUGUUGUCAAUUCCCCCCUCAUGGGCUGGGUUCAUUACCAUAUGGGUGCUCUGCAUCCUUAUAUGCCUGAACUGGCCGACUAUGAACCAAGUAUAUUCAACCUGCACCAACCAUCGCGCAAGCCGUGGACAUACUGGUCGUAUCCCAACUGGACAGGUCCAGAGGACUAUUUCUUUGGGCCGUUCCAAGGUCCGCCCUACACCGGACACCGCUGGCUGCGGCUCCCGAACGAUGCAGACAUCCACCGCACCCCCGUUACAGACAUUGAGUAUAAGACCUGGGGCACAGGCCUCAAGUCUUGGGCAAUCGCCGCUCAAGAACACUAUUCGUUUCUUGAAAACCUCGCUGAUGGCCGUCUCGAUGCCUAUCGGAUGGGCAAAGGUGCUGAUGGCGGAAGCAGCAAUAGAGUCUGGUUCCCGGUAGAUCAACGACUCAGCAUCAACCUGAUUACCGUCUGGGCAGAUGACGUUCUGGACAAUUUGCCGAUGAACGAUGUUGACGAGCAGUGGCUCACGAUUAACUUGCCUAAAAGACUCCAGCGGCAAGUCGCUGUCAACAUGGACGCUCUGGCAGCGCACUUCACAUUUGGGACACAGGGAACAGUCGAAACGACGGACUUGCUGGCCAGGUAUCGUGAUUACGCCUUGGAAAAUGCGUGCGCGAGAUGGAUAUGA